CCAAAAUGCCUGCGUUUCCGUACGGCACGUCUAAGGCCCUGAGCGCCCUGCACCUGGUAGUGGGAGUGACCGGCAUCGUGCUGGGUGUAGCCGAGCUGUUCUUCAAAACCAGGGAAGACGCGCGGAGCCAGCACAACAAGGCCUUACAGCUGACUGUGGGCGAUGUCGGGACGCCUAUCAUCGGCGGACUGUGGUUUCUCCUAGUCGGUAGUGUAGGUGCCUCUCUGGAACCUGGCGGUCCCAACAAUAAGUGCAAGAUAGCUGCCUACCACGUCCUGUCAGUUGUCAGCUGUGUUCUGUUCGCCCCGGCCAUGGGAAUCAUCGCGGCCAACAGCAUCUCACAGCGACAGGACGCGCUUGAGUGCACGUCUGAGACCUGUGCGGAGGCGUCUGGCAUCCUGGGUAUCCAGGCAGCGGUGAUCGCGGCGGCGGUGGUGGAGGUGUGUCUGUCCGUAACCACGGCAACCAUCUGCUGCUGCUGGGCCCCGCCGAGUACAGCACAGGUGAUGCCGAUGUCCGUCCCGUACACCAUCCAGGUGGUACCACAGACCGCCGGCCCCGGCCAGGGCGGGAGGUUACUGGUGCCGCAGCCGCAGUUCUACCUGCCCAACCAGACCAUGGCUGACGACAUCGACUUCAAGAAGACCGCAAUUGAUGCCGAUGGACUACAUGUAGGUGCGAGGGAAGAAGUCAAGAAAACCAGCUCCUCCCAGACGCCCCCUGACGCCCGUGACGUGGGCUGCAACACGCAGGACAAGCUGAUUCCGUGGCUGGGCAUCUCCGCGGAGGAGCUGGAGAACGCUCGGGCCACCCUGCGCCCUCCCCCGCCCAAGAAGGCGUGGGCAGCCCCGGGCGCGAUCCUCAGGAGGAUCACCAAGCACCAGAACGGGAACGUGUGGCCGUUAGGGAUGACCAAAAGUCGUGUGGCAGAGAAGAAAGCCAACAGAUCUGGGAAUAACAAUGGUCCCAGUCCGUCCACGUCCAAAGCUAUUGAGUUUCAUGGUGAUAUUGGGAGCCCUGUGGAUGAUAAUAAAAAUGAGUCCAAAGCCCCGUCCGCCCCAAGCCCAACCCCUCCCCCAUCCCCUCUCCCUGGGGUUGUCAUUGAUUAGUGUAACAAGUAGUGCAUGUAGCAAUGGCUUACACAUCUAUACAGUCAUGUCAUCUUACCAUUAACUUUAUAUCAACUUUUUUUUAUUUGCCGAAAUGUUAGUUAUGUUGUGUAGCAUUACAGUGACAAAAAUCCAGCUAACAUUUGUGAGUUA